AUGGCGCUGCCGCCGAUUGAUGGCCCGGUCGGCGUGCCUCUGCUUGCUAGAGAUACGACUCCCAGACUCUCACAGAUGUCUCAAAUCACCCUCGAGAGCUCCCAACCGGAAUGGCAUAACUACGGCGAGCCGUGCCCCAGCCCUAAUAUUCCAACGGGCUGUGAUCCCAAGUCCAGAGCACACAUGCCUCAGUUCCGGCAAUCCAGAAGAUGGGCCAAAAUGUAUGCCUGGUCGCGCGCAGAAAUGGAGGCAGCUCCAAGUUCUCUUGACCACCAAAACCGCUCUCCAGCUAGGAAUCGUUGUUCUUCGGUUGCCGUCAGCAAUCAACAUGUCGGACGCCCACUCUCUUUACAGCCACAUUAUGGUCUACCUAGAGCGAUGGCCAAGAGUCUUGGACGUCCAAAAGCCCGCCGCAAUAUCAGCGAUGCCAGCGCGGCUUCUCCUCAUGGCGGCCUCUGCGUGCAAAGUGCCGCGUAUUACUGGCGAUGCGUCAAGCCUCUCAUCAGCAAGGUACCUCGCGCAGGCUCUAACGUGUGGCCGAGCAGACGCACCGGAACUCGAAAAGCGACGACGAGACGCCAGGAUGCUGCGGGCCGGCGCCCCUCAGCUCUAGUGUUCGUGCCCACUCAUUCGAGGCGCGCAAGCACUCUGGAAGGCGAUAGUCACCCAACCUGUUGCGAACCAAGCACGACUCUCACCAACGGGGUCCUUGGAUCAUGCCUUAUGGAACAUGGUGGGUGUACCGGGCUUGCAAGCUCGUCGUCGAUGCCCUCACUUCGUGGUCCAGUCAUCAACGACAGAUUUUCAAACCAAAGCAGAACUGUAUUGAAAAACGUCAAAGUCGAUAACGAUCGCUCGCUGCCGACCACCUCGACGGUGCCUUCUGUCGUCAUGCGAUCAACAACAACAAGUAAACACAUGUCCCACGAUUUCGCUCCAAUAUCCGAGAAGCCUGUCCGCAGACUCGUACCCUCGGAAUAUGCCUUCAAACCACUGCCACCGUCCCCAAAAGAAUCGACAAUUUCUCUUCUGGACGACAAAGCCACCCCGGCCGUCUCAGCUCUCCCCCCUCAGCGUCGGGAAUUAGCAGCUCAAGCUUCAAAAAACACUCUCAGCAGUCUUGACACCGUUCUUCACAAUGCGCAGAACGAGUCGCGGUCAGUGGUUUUAUCUUCAGGCCAAUCUCGUCAGAUGAAUUCGCGACUCCUGUCCCAUGGCUCCACUCCCAACUUGAAGCCCAGGCCUACACAUACAGGGCCUGUAGUUCGUCUCUCUUCUGCUCGUUCAGCCAAAAGCGCCAAUACUCUGGCAGGAAUAGAAGCCCAAGUCCAAAAGAUGGCGCACUACACCAUCGAUGUGGAAAUCAAGCGAAAUGGAUCCGUGGAUUCUGACAGUCGGUACAGCGGACCUCCUCCCACCAUACCACUGCCCGCGUUGCCGCCUGAAGCACACGAUGCAAAACUUGGUGUCGCCAAACCCUCCCAAGACUCGUCCAGGGUGGAAGGAGGUCGUGAUGAGACUCUGCAAAUUUGUCUUCACCUCGAGCACCGUUCCAUUCAAAGCACUCGAGCCGACAAAGUCCGAGAACGGAGGAUGCGCGAUCUUGCCAAGUCACGCAGUCCUAGGAGCAAGCUUGACACUGUCGGAAAGCAUCAAACUUGCGAGAAACCCUCCGUCUCUAAAACACCACAAGCUCUCACAUACCAGGCCGAUGAACUCGAUCGAUUCCCAGCCGUCCCCGAGUCGCGACCAACAAGUGUUUCGACUGCGUCCUGCUAUAGUCGCCAGCACAGCCCGGAAAUGAGAAUUCGUCAACCAGGUCGCUUGUCCAAAGCCAAAUCAAGCGAAAGGCAACGGAACAUGCCUCAGAAACUCAGUCAGAGUAAUAUCUUCGUCGUCGUCGAUACUGACCCUGUCACCGCGCGUUUUCGCGCCGGCGCUGUAAGCCCAAGAUUCAGCAUUGCAGGCAGCGCCACUGGACCAACAAGUCCGAAGACUACACGAACCCCUUCAAAACUCAGAGAGGUCAUGGCCAAUAGGCUGAGUCUUUGCGAGAGUCCAAGACGAGGUGCUGUUCUCGGCAGCCCAAUGGAAAGCCCGAGACGCAAAGCUGCAGGAACUAGCCCGUCAGGGGAGCAAGCUCUCAAACUCCGUCGCUCACGUUCCUACUCGAGCGGCCAAAGCAUGUCCCCUGGAAGAAUCGACAGCCCAACUCCGAGCAGUUCUAGUGAAGACCAAUGGCUGACGCCCGGGGAGAAACUCUCGCCAGUUAAGCCAAGCAGCCAACAGAGGAAGCGUCGACGAUGGAAUAGCGGUGACAUUAAUCUUGUCAAACAGCUGCACCAAGACCUGCACGACUACUAUGUGACAAUCUUAGAGCAAGAAGAGAAAAUCAAGGUGCAAGCCAGUCAAAUACAGACCAUCAUGAAUAUGUUUGCACCAACGAAACACACUCACGGCCGGCAAGACUCUCUAUCUCUUCAGGACUCCCCUGGUCGGGACACCCAUUCGGGCCACAGACAGAUCAGAAAGUGUCGAAGCGCACUCGCUGAGAGGCGGCCGCCGAGCUCCGGUUCUCGCUCUCGCUUUCCGCUAGAUCGUAUCAACGAACGGACCCUCAACAUCCAAAGCCACAAAGUAGUGGACAAAAGCGAUGCAGCGAGCACGGCCCCUUCCUCGGAUACCAUGUCGCUAGCAUCGCUCAGAGCUAGUGCUUCUGACACGUCUCUGACAGAGCAGGAAAGACUUACAGCGCCCAGUCGCAAAGGAAGUUCUGACGUGGAGAACUGGGGUUGGAUAUAA